AUGGUGAAAAGGAAAAGCUCAGAAGGCCAGGAGCAGGACAGUGGCCGUGGCAUCCCUCUGCCCAUCCAGACCUUCCUAUGGAGGCAAACCAGUGCAUUUUUAAGACCUAAACUGGGGAAACAAUAUGAAGCUUCCUGUGUGUCUUUUGAAAGAGUUUUAGUAGAGAACAAGCUGCAUGGCCUUUCUCCAGCUCUCUCUGAAGCCAUCCAGAGCAUUUCUCGCUGGGAACUUGUCCAAGCUGCGCUCCCACAUGUGCUGCACUGCACUGCAACAUUGCUCUCCAACCGCAACAAGCUAGGACAUCAGGAUAAGCUUGGAGUAGCUGAAACAAAACUUCUUCACACUCUUCACUGGAUGCUGCUGGAGGCCCCUCAGGACUGCAGCAAUGACCGAUUUGGAGGAGACAGAGGCUCUAGUUGGGGAGGGAGCAGUAGCGCCUUUAUCCACCAGGCUGAAAACCAGGGAUCACCAGGACAUUCCCGGCCCAGCACCACAAAUGACGAGGAGGAGAGUAACAGAAGGAAGUUCUUCCAGAACUCCAUGGCCACAGUGGAGCUCUUUGUGUUCCUUUUUGCUCCUCUUGUCCACAGGAUUAAAGAGUCUGACCUGACAUUUCGGUUGGCUAGUGGCCUUGUUAUUUGGCAGCCUAUGUGGGAACAUAGGCAGCCCGAAGUUUCUGCCUUCAACGCCCUUGUAAAACCAAUUAGGAACAUCGUUACAGCUAAGAGAAGUUCUCCCACCAACAAUCAGAGCGUGACUUGUGAAUCCCCUAAUCUGGACAGUGGACAUACCGAGGGACUACAGGUGGUCUGUGAGACAACCCAGCCAGAUUCUGUACCUCCAAAGGCCACUGUUUCAGCAUGUCAUCGUGGAAAUUCCUUGGAUGGAAGUGUAUCCUCCCAAACCUCUCAGGAGAGAGGUACUGCACAUCCCAGGGUGUCCUUGGUGAUCCCACCAUGCCAGAAGUCUCGCUAUGCCACAUACUUUGAUGUAGCAGUGCUGCGCUGCCUGCUGCAGCCGCAUUGGUCCGAGGAGGGCACACAGUGGUCAUUAAUGUACUACCUGCAGAGGCUGAGGCAUAUGCUACAGGAAAAGCCGGAGAAACCACCUGAGCCAGAGAUCACCCCUUUACCAAGACCUCGCAGCAGCUCCAUGGUGGCUGCGGCACCCUCUCUGGUGAAUACGCACAAAACUCAG